GGACUAAAAACAGAAAUACUCAAGAAAGCUCAUUCAUAUUAAUUAAGCCACAACAAACAGUAAUGUAAAUAAUUGUAUUGCUAAUGAAUUAAUAAAUAACUCGUUUUUAACGCAAUAACUUAUUUUCGAAUGGGCUGCGUAAAGUACGUGCGGUUUUGAUGCCAAAAAGCACGCCGCAGACGCGGUGCCCAUGUGUUUUCCUGUACUUGCCUAAACUCUACAUUUUGUUGCUCCCACAUAGCAAGUCUUUGUAAAUGAUGUGGAAAUGUAUACCGAAGUCGUGUAUUCACGUCUCAGCGGUGUGUCUAAAAAAGAGUCCGGCAGAUAAACGCUGGCUGGCGCGGCAGCUCAGUGACCCUUUCGUCAAAGCUGCGCACUCUCAAGAUUACCGCUGCAGAAGUGCCUUUAAACUCAUCGAGAUGGAUGAUAAAUACAGAAUACUGAAACCUGGCUUUAGUAUCGUAGAUUGUGGUGCUGCACCUGGUGCAUGGAGCCAAGUUGCAGUCCAGAGAGUCAAUUCAACAGGAGAAAGUACAGAACUUCCUAAAGGAAGUGUCAUAGGUAUAGACUUGCUACGCAUAGCCCCUUUGGAUGGAGCCCAGUUCCUGUGCAGUCGUGACAUUACGGACCCUUCAACUCACAUGGAGCUGGAAAGGCUCCUCCCUGAAGCUCAAGCAGAUGUGAUCCUCAGUGACAUGGCCCCCAAUGCCAGCGGGCUCAGGGAACUGGAUCACGAGAACCUAGUCACCAUGUGUCUCUCAAUGCUGGACUUGGCAGAGAGGGUUCUGCGCACUGGUGGCUCUUUGGUUUGUAAAUACUGGGAUGGCUAUCUGGCCCAUAAGCUCCAGCAAAGACUUUCUCUUAUGUUUAAGGAUGUAAGAACUGUAAAACCAAAAGCAAGUAGGAAGGAGUCGGCAGAGCUGUAUUUUCUGGCGAGGAUGUUCAAAAAGAGAUAAAGCCUCUGUAUAGAUAAUAAAAAAUAUAGCUUGGCCAGAAAUUGCUGGUUUUGUUCAUUUGAAAAAGCUGCCUCGUCCAUAUGCAGAAGAAAUAGAUUUGCGUGUUUAAGACUAUAAGAUGUUUGGAGGCUCUGAAAUCAGAUAUGCAUAUCAGGGUUUCCUCACAUCUUUCAUAGAUUUUGAUAAAGAAAUGAUUGCGUGCAUUUAAAUUACUUUAUUGUAAUUCUAUAUUUAGAGUGUAUUUUGAAAUAACUCUUUCGUUGAAAAAGCACAGAGAAAACCGGCAUAAAAGGCAAAACGUUAACUCAUUUGUUUGAUGGAUUAGUUUCAUUUUAGGCUGCUUAUUGAAGUCAGUGUGUUGUAUGGAAGAUAUUCAUGUAACCAAUGGAUGGCGCUCUUGAGUCGUCAGUCUGAAAACAGCAGUGGGAUUUGAAGUGAAUCUCCCAGGCUGUGAAGAGACGGUGUGGACAUUGUUAUUAGGAAAAACAAUUCCUAGCUGUUUAAAAGUUUAGGGUUUGGGAGUCCUGUAUUGCACGUUUGUAACCUUAAAACGUUGCUCAUUUGACAACACAUUAAUUUUGUGUUCUCGUAACUGGAAAGCUAAAUUGUUUGCAUGAUGCAAUGCAAUACUAAAAUCCGUUUUCCAGCCGUGUAAAAAGAUGCAAUCAUUCUCUCAUUAGAAGCAGAGGAGCUGCAGAGAGUAUGGAUAAGUGUCUUAUGAGCAUGUCUAACGAGAGGCCUUUGUCCCUACAGCAACGCAGAUAUUAGCCUCACACAUUAUUAACCCAGACUUCGGUUUCUACAGUCCAGAUAUAAAUGACAUCCAGCGCAUGUAGUCAUUUUCAGAGUUUUUACAUCAAGGAAUCUUUAGAAGUAUGUAGAAAAAACAUUUAAUUGAGAUUAGAAGUCAUGUAUUAUUAAAAGGUUUUAAUAAUUUAUAGAGUUCAUCCUUUUAAUAAACAUGGGGUCCAAAAGUCUGACAUCAUAAGUACACUGUAAACCCGAAUGUUCAAAGAAAUUAAACAGUUUAAGUAGUGUAAACUUAAUUUUAUAUUUAAAAAAUUCCUAACUUAAAUGUUUUGAGUUCCUGUAACUAAUUCUUACUUUUGAGUUAGUUUAACUUAAUUUCAACAAGUUAAUUCAAGAUGAUUUGUUGAGAAUGAAAUUCAGUUCCCAGCAUGCUUUGCGUGAGACUGCAUUAGGAAAGUAAAUUUUGAAAUGAAGUGUUAUUUUAUGAGUUUUUAGAAAGGAAAAAGCCUUGUUAAUGAUGAAUGUUGUCUGUGAAGGCUGUUUGUUAAUUGUUGAUGCAGCUGAAUUGUUUAGGUUGUCUUAAGACCUUUCAUUUAUUUAGCUGUAAAUAAAAAAAGUUACUUUGCUAAAUGUUCAAAAUUAAAAGGAGUCAACAACAGUACAACAAACUCAAAACUGACUAGUUUUGCUUACUUAAAAUUGUUCAAAAUUAAAAGGAGUCAACAACAGUACAACAAACUCAAAACUGAGUUUUCCCAACUUAUUCGGGUUUACAGUGUAAAAAUGAUAUCCACUUCUUUUGUAAUAACAAUUUUAGUAAAAAGGUGAAAAUGAGUGCCCCUGCUGCUAAUUUUUGUUUUAGAAUUUGAGAUUUGAGAGGUUACAAAGAGCUUAUUAUUUGUUUAAUCAAUAUGGAAUGUGGUAUACCAUUUGUACAAAGAGGUUAACGACUUUGCUUAUUAGUUAGUGACCAGAACCCUAUAUGUCAAUUUUCCUUUUUAGGUUAUACUUUUGGACGUUUUUUUAUCAUAAUUAACUUUAAUGUUUCAUCGACAUUUUGUUAUGACAAUGACAUGAACACGUGGGAAUCACUAAAUGUCACUAAUAAACUGUAGAUAAUAAUGUCAGGUUCAGUACUGGACUGCUCUAAACUUAAGCUCAGAGAAUGUUAAUUCCCGAGACUCAAACGCACCUAAAUUAAUUCUGCCCACAGCUCUAAUGCUUUCAUAUUUGACUGAACUACAGAAUGUACUGUACAAUAUGGAAAUUCGUGCAACCUUUUAAUCUGAGUGCCUGUGUCAGCAACAUGUUUCAUUUGUGCUGGCUUGGGUCAAUUUGAAUACCGUGGUUUUUGAUCAUCACUCUGACAUAUUUUAGAAAAAGUAGACUCGGGGGACAAGCCACUCCUGCUUCAAUGACAUGUCAAAAGAGUCUUGAGAAUUCAUUAAAGUAGAUUAGGGAUUCAUUUGAGAGCUUAGUUUUUCUGCGCUUUUUAACAGUUGUAAGAGUGGAAAGUAUCUUCAGGGAUUCAAGCAUAUUGAAUGAUAUGGAAAUACACAAAAAAGCUUUUUUGGUCCCAAAGUUUUUCCAGAAUUUUAAAAGUGUUUUUGCUCUUUAGGGUUUAUUGCUUUAAACUAAAGCGUGUCAGGUUGAAGUGUCAACUUCUUAGAGCUCAAAGCUCAGACACUUCCAAUUCCAAUGCUGUCGAACAUUUUAACAGAUUUAAGUAUAUAUUUUUUCAAACUUUACCCCUACAGAUAAUAUGCAUCAUUGAGAUAAGAAUGUUUUAAAAUUCCUAUACAUUUGAAUUGAGAAACACAAAGCAGAAUUUGAAUGCAGGGAAGCAGAACUGAAAUGAAAUGUAAAAUAUCUGCUUGAAGUGUAGUUUUUUCAUUACAAUCCAUUCUAAUAUCCAAAUGUUCAGGCUACAAAAGAAUAGCAUUACAGUUACCUGUGACAUGAUAAAUGUGAUUUAAUGCUAAUUUUGUAUCUUUCGUCUAUAAACACAAAUUACAGUGCUUUUACAAAAUUAAAAAAGCAUUAAA